GUUGUCAGGGCUUGAAUACAAGUUUGUUGCGCCCUACGGCGGAGCACUACUAGCCACCCGGAAAUAUGAGCCCGGCGACGAAGUUGUUCGCGAUGAGCCGAUAAUGAUGACUUGUGAGCGAUCCGACCUGCUUGACAGCGUCUACGCUGCGCACGAUGAAUUUGGCCUUCGCGCGGACCUGCUCGGCAAGGACGCCAGCAUUGACUUCACGCUCCAAGCGCUGGAAUACGCCGGCGCGGACGAGGAGGCGCGGGCUCAGGUCAUGGGCCUCUUCAUUCCGGACGUUGCGGACGCGGCGAAUGCCCAGCAGCCCUACGUCAGGGCAGCCCUGGACUACGCGGCCCAGGUGCACGCCAUCGCUGCCGACACCGCCACCGCACACCGCUUCGCCGGCAGCGUGCUGGCACCAGUCGCCCGCAUCCCCGUCGGCCUGCUGCAGCGCAUGCUGCUGGCCUGGGUGUGCAACUGCUACUCGGCACGUGCGGGCGGCGGCGCGCUGUACCGCUACGGCUCACUGGUCAACCACGAGUGCGAGGGCAACACCCGGUACCGCUAUGUGGACACACAGCCGGACGGCGGUGGGCUGCGGGGUGCGCCCGACCCAGCUGUGACGAGCGUUGGCGGAUGGCAGGAUGGCAGGCCUGGUGUCUUCAUGGACGUUGGAGGCGCGGGGGGCGGCGCACCCGCAGGCGCCGGGGUUGAGGGGCAGGCUGGUGCAGGUGGCGGCGCCGCGGCCGGCGGGGGCGGCCGGGGCUGGGGCGUGUUCGUGGCGGUGAGGCCCAUCCGGCCCGGUGACGUCAUCACCACCUGCUACCUGGGCUGGGACGAGCAGACCCUCAUGUCAACACGCAUGCGCCAGAAGCUGCUGUACCGCACCAAGCUGUUCCACUGCACGUGCGAGCGCUGUCGCAGCCCCGUGGACCCCUACCGCGCGGUGCGCUGCCCCGCCUGCCACAGCGGUGGCGAGCUGGGCGGCGGCGGCGGCAGCGGCGGCAGUAGCAAUGGCGGCGGCAGCAGCGGCAGUAGCAGUGGCGGUGGCGCAGCCAGGGGUGUGCGAAUGCCCUCAGUGCCCGAGAGCCUGGCCUCGGGUGCCGGGCUUGGAGCUGGGGGGAAUGACAAGAAGCGCGUUGGGGAGGGAGCUGCAGCAGCGGGACUCGGGUUCACUUCAGGUGAAGGAGGGGCCGCCGAGGCGGCGACGGGGUACCUAUGCUGGCGGCAGCAGGCGGCGCCCGCGGAGUCGCAGGCGCGGGAGGUGGAUCGGGCGGCGGAGCAGGCGGCGGAGCAGGCGGCAAAGCCAUGGGAGUGCGACAGCUGCGGGCGACGAUACACAGAGGCAGCGGUUCAGGAGGACCUGCGAAGGCGGGCGAAAGCGGCGGGCUGUGGAGCAUUAGAGGGUGACCCCGAGCUGGCUCUGGAGGAGGCCGUGCACGUGACGGGCGAGCACCUGGACUGGGACGACCUCAACGUCAGCCUGGGUACCAUGCGGCAGUUGGGCGACCGCUGUCUGGCCGUGCUGGGCCCCCGCCACUGGGCCACCAACCGCUGCCGCUACAGCGUCCUGGAGCUCUGCACCGCCGCCCUCAACCGGCAGGAGCAGGAGGCCGCGGACGGCAGUAGCAGCGGCAGCGGCAGCGGCAGCGGCAGCGGCAGUGGCACCUCCUUCGGCGCCGCCGGCAGCCGCCAUGGCCGUAGCGCGGCUGAGGGGGCAGGAUGCGGCGGUGGUGGAAAGGGCAGCGAUGGCGGUGCCCUGUCCGCACAGCUGCCGAGUGGCGGCUUGAGGAGCAGUCCCCUUGGCGCGGCAAGUGGGGACGGCAAGGGCAGCGGUGCAGGCGCUGUUGACGUCGAUGGUACCGCCGCUUCGUCACUUGGAGCGGCUGUGGGCGCUGGGGCACCGCUUGCGCCGCAACGUGCUGGGGGGUCCUCAAGCGAUGAUACAGCAGCUGCUGCCAUGUUGCCGGCCGUCGCUACCACGUCAUUAGCUCUGGACCCAGCGGUGGUGGCAGUGGAGCAGGAGCAGCUUCAAGCACAGCCGCUCGAGGUGCAGCCGGAGGUGCAGCAGGAAGUGCUGCAGGAGCAGCAGCCGCAGGAGGUGCAGCACGUGAACCCGCACCUGGGGCUGGAGGCGCUGCAGCGGCACACACUGCACCACCACCACCUGCACCUACUGGCGCAACAGGAGGGCCGGCAGCGGUGGGUGGCGCAGCCGACACGUGGACAAACCCACCCGCACCACAAACAGCAGCAGCAGCAGAGGCAGCAGCACCCGCACCCAGGCGCGGAGGAUCAGCGCCAGGGAGCGCUGCCAGAGCCUCAUGGACUGGCGCAGCCGGCGGCGGCUGCCUCCUCUGCCACUGCCUCCUCCUCCUCCAUACCAGCCGCAUCUUCGGAACAAGUCCACGCCAGCCCUCAGGAGGGCGGCACGACGGCUCAGGACCCACACCCACACCCACAGCAACACCCGCAGCCGCAGCCGCACCUACUACGGCAGCAGCACCACCACUACGACUACCAGGACGCGCACCACGGCGACGUCCACCCCUGGCAGGCGCAGCAGCAGCGGCGGCAGCGAGAAGCCAACCACGCAGCCCAGCACUACCUCGCCUCACUCCUGCCGCUGGCGGCCACGCAUACCGGCAGCGGCGCGGCAGCAGCGGCUGGGAGAGGCCGGGGAACUGAAGGUGCAGCCGGUGGCAGCGCGCCCGGUGCUGCUCUUGCGGCCUCUGGCAGCGGCGGCGGUGCAGCGCCUGGUGGCGCCGGGGGAGCCGGGGGUGCAACAGGCAUGGGCGUUGGCGUGGGAAUGGGUGCGGUGGCGCCGUCGCUGCUGGCGAGCUGCGGUUGCAGUACGGUAUGGAGUGUGGAGGAGGUGGACGCGCUCGUCACGUGCAUGUGCUCGGAGCUGCGGGCGCUGUGGCAGUGGCAGCAGGCGCACACGCCACACGACCCGGCGAUCACCCUGAAGGCAGUGGCAGGACCCGCGGCGACGGCGCUAAUGGAUGCGGUCAAGGACGAGCUAUGCAGCGGCGGCGCGGUGUCUUCGUUGGCGCUGGCAACCGCCGAGGCCACAGCCGCACGCCUGGCGCAGUGCUACGCAGCGGCGCCGCACUACGACGUGAGCGGGCAGGAGGCGGCGGAGGCAGACUCGGUGCUGCACCUAUGUCCGCUCAUACGCAGGGCGCUGGACAUUGAUUGAGUGGCGGGACGGCGCGCUGGUGGGAGGUCAGGGCGGUGACACGUUAUUGACGAGUGUUGCGGAACUAAUGCGUACGUAGACCAGAGCGGAAGGCGGAGUGGGCUUGCAGGCGGCACGAGAGUAGGCAGUCAGUAGCGCAAGUUGCGAAUUCCCAUGUUACCUCGUAACCGACGGUAAACGCUGUGGACGGUCGCGCCCAUGGCUGGCUGACGGAAGCUGGCUGCUGUAUGGGGAUGGCUGGGCUGGACGACGCCGGCCGGGCUGGCGUUGGGACUACCAGAAAGGAUGCGCCCGAAACCAACCUGGAGAACACCAGCGCCACCGGUGCCCAGCACGACAUGUAAGGGAGGGAGGGA